AUGAACAAAUUAUUUGAUGAAUGUGAAUGGGAAAAAAACUUACCCGCCGCUGAUACUAGCUUUUGUUUCUCUAAGAACACGGACAAAAACAAAGCUAGAAACACUAAAAGUAUAUCCAACCGACAAAUUGUAAAAGCUAACAAUCGAAAAAGCAUCAAUAAUGAAAACUCAGCUGGAUGGUCUGUUUUGUUAAAGAAAAAUGAAAGCGGCACUAAUCAUUCUGAAAAGAAAUCAAAAGCAGCUACAAACGGCAUGCUCGAUAAUAAAAUAAAAAAUGGAAAAGGAAACAAUUCACAGGAUAGAAAAAGGAAAGUGUGUGCCGGUUCGAGUGAAAUUGACAAAGAACCUGCUUGUAAUAAUGGCAACAAUUUACCUAUGAAAAAAACUAAAUCGAACGAAGUCGUGAAAACUAAUGGUAGGCCUACAAAUCGGAUCUCUCAAUUACACAAUGGUGUCAAAUGCUCUGCUCAUGCUAAAGUUGUUGCAAAAGGAAACAAAAGAGAGAAUUUAUCUGCAGCAGCUCGGAAACCGAAAAAUUUGAAAGAUACACUUAUGGAGCGUCUUAAAGGACCUCGGUUUCGAUUUAUUAACGAGCAAUUAUACAAAACAACCGGUGAACAAGCCAAGGCUCUUUUCCAAGAAGAUCCUUCUUCGUUUGACGCUUAUCAUGAAGGUUAUCGUCUACAAGUUGCCCAAUGGCCCAUGAAUCCUUUAAAUCGUAUGAUACGCAGCAUUUUGAAACUUCCUAAAAGUACAGUUGUGGCAGAUUUUGGAUGCGGAGAUGCAACAUUAGCAGCAUCGAUACCGAAUCAAGUUUACUCACUAGAUCUGGUUUCAAAGAAACCAGGUGUAAUUGCUUGUGACAUGGCUAAUACUCCUCUGGAAAGUAACUUUGUUAAUGUAGUGGUAUUUUGCUUAUCAUUAAUGGGAACAAAUCUAGCAGAUUUUCUAUUAGAAGCCAAUCGAGUUCUUAAAGUUGGCGGAUUGAUGAAAAUAGCAGAAGUUUCUUCGCGCUUCGAUAAUGUCAAUGAAUUCGUGAACAAUGUUCAGAGAUGUGGUUUCAGUUUAGAAAAUAAGGAUAUGAAACAAAAAUUGUUUUACUUCUUUAAUUUUAAGAAAGAGCGUACGGUCCUGAAAGGAUCAAUCAAAAUCAAACCAUUCAGCUUAAAACCUUGUUUGUAUAAAAAGCGCUAG